CAAAAAUUCAACACUUUUAGUCUUUUAUGUCAAUUUUCGUUAAAACUAACGAAAAUCAAAAGUGUGCCGAUCACUAAUGUAAUUGACGGACUAACAAUAAAUUGACGGAAAUGACCAAAAAUAUCAAAGUAUUGAAACAUGAGGGACCAGAUGUGUUUGUUAUGAACAUGUGUGACCAAAUAUGAUAUUAUUGUAAACUUGAGUGGUGAAAAUGUAAAUUUCUAAAUAAUUAGUUAUAUGUCCCACGUUUCGUCCCAAAAAUUCGAAGGAAAGAAGUAAUUUUGAAUUGUUUCAGAGCUUGGGAAGUUGGGAACUGAGCCUUCAAUGGAAACCCUCCGCCUAUUUCUCCGGCACCUCCUCUCCGUCUACUUCUCCCUCUACGGCGUCGUUUCACAGUACCUCUUCCCCCAAUUCCCCAAACUCCGUCGCCGCUUCCCAAUCUUCGUCCCCGUCGUCGAUAAAUUCCUCUCCUUCUACUUCACAUUCAAUUGCAACCUGGUCCAAAGCACCGUCGAUUUAGACGAUCAGACCACCAUGCAUUUCUGGUGCCCCUCCCACCGCAAAUUCAGCAAGCCGAACUUGAUAAUGCUCCAUGGCUAUGGCGGAAACUCCAAAUGGCAAUUCGUUUACCAGGUUGGGGGAUUAGCUGAUUCCUUCAAUCUCUACAUACCAGAUCUCCUCUUCUUCGGCAAAUCCCACACGAACCGGUCGAACCGGACGGAAACUUUCCAGGCGGAGUGCGUCGCCGCCGGUUUGAACCGGCUGGGCGUGGAGAGGUGCUCGGUGUACGCAAUCAGUUACGGUGGUUUCGUGGGUUACCGGAUGGCCGAGAUUUACCCGGAGAUGGUGGAGAAGGUGGUUAUCGUGAGCAGUGGUGUUGGGUGUACGGACGAUCAGAAGUGGGAGCAGCUUAAAAGCGUGGGGGUUGGUGUAGCGGAUUUGCUCCUGCCGGAGAAGCCGGCCGGUCUACGGCGGCUGGUGCAGCUAUCGGUUCACAAGUGCGGUUCUCUCAAGUGGGCCCCGGAUUUCACACUCCACGAGUUCAUUCAUAAAAUGUGCAACACUAACAGGAAAGAGAAGCAAGAAAUGUUGGAACAUCUGCUGACAAAUAAAACGGAACGCAAUAUUCAAUCUUUGUCUCAGGAAAUAUUGCUUAUUUGGGGUGACAAGGAUAAGAUCUUCCCUCUAAGCUUUGCCCAUCAUUUGCAGAGAGAUUUGGGGCCGAGGUGUAGGUUGGAAGUAAUAGAGGACUCGGGGCAUGCAGCAAAUAUCGAUUCUCCGGAGUCGUUGAAUGCUUUGAUAAAAGGAUUUAUCUUGCCUUGUGAAGUUUAGAUCAUUCACUUUAUAAGUUUGAAGCUUUUGAUGUUGUCUAAAAUGGUGUUGUAUUGUAUUUAGUAAUUUAUGCAGAUUAGUGUUCAAUUUGUGUAAACUAUGUAGUCUAUAUCUAGGGUAAAUUACGGUCACCUCCUGAAGUAAGUUCAAAUUACGAAAACCUCCCUUAUGUUUGGAUAAUUACAACCAUCCCUCAAUUAUAAAUUUUCUUAC